CUCCCUAUAUCUCCCUGUGUCUGGCUCUCUCUCCCUAUAUCUCCCUGUGUCUCCCUUUGUCUUUCUGUGUCUUCUUAUGCCUCCCUGUGCUUUCUCUUGUCUGCCCGUCUCUUCCCAUUGUUAGAGUGCCCUCCUGAGUUCUGGGGUCCCGACUGCAGUAAGCUCUGCCAAUGCCACCCCCAUGGCCGCUGCCACCCAGAGACGGGGCGGUGCACCUGCGACCCCGGGCGCUGGGGGGUGCACUGCGAGAACGUUUGCAGGUGUGGCCGCCAUGGCCAGUGCAACCCCACAUACGGCAACUGCACGUGUGACGACGGCUGGUGGAUGGCCACGUGCAGCAAGCCGUGCCAGUGUGUGUUGGGGCAGGCGCGCUGCAAUCCAGUCUCGGGUCGCUGCAUCUGCAAGGACGGUUACUGGGGGGUACGUUGCUCCCAACGCUGCCGCUGCUCGGGGUCUCCCUGCCUGCAGCAGACGGGCAUCUGCGUGUGCCUGCGUGGGUGGGCAGGGCCCAUCUGCGAGCACCCCUGCCACUGCAAUUGGCAACAUGGUCGGUGCGGAGAUGAUGGGGACUGCGUGUGUCAGCCGGGGUACAGGAAGCCGUCCUGUGAUGAGCCCUGCAGCGCCGGGUCCUACGGGAAUGACUGCAAGAAACAGUGUGGCCGCUGCCGCGAGGGGCAGCCCUGUUCUGCAGUGGACGGCUUCUGUUCUUCCUGCGAGCCGGGCUGGAACGGGACGCGCUGUGACCUGCCCUGCCCACCUGGUUACCAUGGAUACCUCUGCCAGGAGACGUGCCCGCGGUGCCGCGGCAGGGAGCCAUGUGACCCUGAGAGUGGCAAGUGUGUGCACUGUGAACCCGGCUGGACCGGACCCAGGUGUGACGCCCCCUGUCCCGAAGGCACCUUCGGAGACGCCUGCCGCUUUGUCUGCCCUCCCUGCGUCGGUGGCCGCUGCCAUCACAUGUCGGGUAUCUGCGUGUGCCAGCCUGGCUUCUGGGGGGAGAGCUGCAACAGCUCGUGUCCGGCACACCAUUAUGGGGUGAACUGCUCGUCUGCCUGCGACUGCGGGGAUGGUGGCUGUCACCCAGCUACGGGGCAGUGCCUCUCUGGUCAUCGAGGGGCCCUGAUCGCAGGCAUCACUGUCCUGCUGCUGCUGGUGCUUCUCAUUGGCUGCUGUUGCUGCUGCUGCUGCUGCUGCUGGCGGCACCCAGUCGACCCCAAGGAAAGGGUGGCGGUCCGCGAUGGGGGCCCAGCGGUCCGAAUGAAGCACCACAUGUACAGUGUCUUAGCCAACAUGGGCUCCGCCGUACCCUGCCUGACCCUUUGGUCGUCUGGGCUGCCGCGGGUCACGGUGUCCCACCACGACCCCGAGCUGACCUUCAACCACAGCUUCAUCGAGCCGCCGUCCUCCGGCUGGGUGUCCGGCAGCUCCUCAUCCUUUGAGAGUGACGACGCUGAGGCCGUUUACUGUCUGCCCCCCCGGGAGGGUAAGGGAUGCCCCUGCUUUUCUUCCUUCUGCUGCUGGUGUUUAGUUUUUCCUGCAGGUUUAUUGCUUCUGGGUGCUGCUUUAUUUUCUAUCUCUCUGCUCCCUCUCUCCUUUUUCUCUCUGUAUGCUCCCUCUCUCUAUCUCUCUGCUCCCUCUCUCCUUUUUCUCUCUGUA